AUGUUCAAACUGGUUAUGAAGGAUAAAUUAUACCAUGUUCCUCUUGAAAAGCCCCAGCAAAUCCUCGAUCUUGGCACCGGUUCGGGUAUAUGGCCAAUAGAGAUGGCAAUCCUCUUUCCCAACACCACCAUCACGGGAACGGAUCUGUCCCCCGUACAACCAAUAGAGGUUCCAGAGAAUGUUCACUUCUUAGUCGACGACGCCACAGAAGAAGAAUGGCUCUGGGACGCAGAUCAUUUCGACUUUAUUCAUAUCGGACAUAUUUCAGGCUCCAUGUUGUCUUUUAAAGAAUUAUUACGACAGUCAUUCAAACACCUCAAACCAGGGGCACACCUCGAAUGCCAAGAAAUGGAUCCGAAACCAAAAUGUGAUGAUGGCACCAUGCCACCGGAGAACCCAGAUGGGUACAGUGCAUAUGCCCUGCACGAUUGGUUUGAUCUGAACAUGCGUUCCAGCCAGGAGAUCGAGCCCACUCGACAGUUCCGAAUUGCCCAUCGAAUGGAGCGAUGGAUGAAGGAAGUCGGGUUUGAGGAUGUUGAACAACGGAAGUUCAAGAUUCCUGUAAAUGCUUGGUCUACCGAUGGGCAUCUCAACAAAGUUGGAAAGUGGAACGAGCACAACUGGCUUGAGGCCUUGUCUGGCUGGUCAUAUAAGCCGUUUCUUGCUCUGGGCUGGUCAAAGCCUGAGAUUGAAGUUUUCCUUGUUGAUGUCAGGAAAAGCAUACAGGAUCGGAAUGUCCAUGCCUAUAUGGAUUACUAUGUGGUCACAGGCCGAAAACCACUUUUGGCGAAAACUUGA